AUGGGCCUCAAGCUUGGGAAGGCAAUCGAGGUGAGCCGCCCACGACGAGGGAAGGGGAAGCAGCACGAGUCGGCGUCCGGGAACAGCGAUUACAAGUACAAGCUGGAGCGGAAGCACGUUCUCAGAAUGGCGAAGCUCGUCAAGCUGCAAUUCCGUGAAGUCCCUCGAGUCUGGCAGCAUCGGGAACAGCUGGAGCCUGCAGUCCGAGCGUUUCUCAACGAG